AUGGUUGAAUCAAAAAGAUAUUCAUCCUCGUCUACAGAUACUGCUAGUGUUAGUGAUUCACCAGAACCAAAUACUCCAGCGAAUAAAUCACCUAACAAUUCUAAGCUGAACGUUUCUGCAACAAAUCGUCGUCCACGUUAUUAUUCAUUUAAUCAACAACAAAAUAAUCCUGAACAAAAUCUUAACAAAAAUGAAUUAAAACAUUAUCCAAUUAAAUCAGAUCAAAAUGCUUUGAAUUUCAAUUCUAUAAUUAUAAAUAAGAAAUCUCAUUUAUCAUCUGUUCAUGAUAUAUCAAUUAUAAAACCGAUAGAAAAUAAUAGUAAUAAACAUAUUACUGAAAUGAAACAAAAUAACAUUAAUUCAAUGAAUAAUUAUCAUGGAUUAUCAUCAUUGGAUAAAGAUAUACAUCUUCACACUGAUCAUAACAAUAAUAAUAAUAAUAUUAAUAAUGAUAAAUUACAAUUAAAUAAUUAUACUAUAGGAUCUAUCACACAAAUACAUUAUGAUGGUUGUGAAACACAGGUGAAUGAUCCACCAAAACGUGAAGCCAAACAAAACAGUAUUAUAACAAUUUUUACGAUAUGGAAUACAAUAAUGGGUACAUCGAUUUUGGUAAUGCCAUGGGCUAUACAACAAGCUGGUUUCGCUUUGGGUAUAUUUUUAAUUAUAUUUGUCGCAUUCAUUGCUUGGUAUUGUGCUUAUCUUGUAUUGAAGGCAACAGAAGAUUUGAAAAUUAUACAAAAUACUCGUUCAUCUGCUGACAUUGAGUUUACAGACGUAUGUCAAUAUCAUUUAGGAAAACCUGGUUACAUUUUGGCAAUCUCAUUUUCUAUGUUAGCUCUUUUUGGUGCAAUUAUAGUCUAUUAUGUUUUAAUGUGUAAUUUCCUAUAUUACACUGGAGAUUUUAUUUACAAUAAAAUAAAUAAUGUGAAUAAUUCACAUUUAGAUCAAACAUUUACAUUAUGGAAUAAAACGUAUACGGGUGCUACAUCAUUUAAUAAUUCAUUGAACACUGACCAUAUUUCUACUUAUAAUCGUUUAUGGUCAAAAACUCGUACUGUUCCAGCAUGGCUUUUAAUUAUUGUUGUUCCAUUGAUUUCUAUUAAAUCACCUACAUUUUUAAGUAAAUUCAAUGCACUUGGUACUAUAUGUGUAUUCUAUCUGGUCAUAUUGGUUUGUUUGAAAGCUGGUCAAUGGGGAAUAAAUAUGGAUUUUUCAUCUAAACAUCCUUAUAGAAUUGUACCUCAAGCACAAACUACAUUCAUUAGUUUAACUGGUAUAUGUUCACUGGCAUUUUUCUGUCACAACACUUUACAUACAUUGACACGUAAUCAAAAACGACCGGAGAAUAAUACGCGAGAUGUGGCUAUUGCAUUUCUUCUAGUAGCAGCGACUUAUUUGUCUAUCGGUUUAAUAUUCUAUUGCACUUUUCCAUUAGCGAAAUCAUGCAUUGAAGAUAAUCUUCUAAACAAUCUAGUAACAGAUAUACCAGUAUUUAUUGGUCGUUUCUUUUCACUUCUACAAAUGUUCACUGUAUUUCCAAUGAUUCUUUAUGUUUUACGUGUACAAAUUAUGACUGCUAUAUUCAAAAAACCAUAUCCAGGAUUUAUUCAUGUUACUGUAUUACAUGUGUUUAUUCUUGGACUAUCAUUAACGUUUUCAAUGUUAAUGCCGAGUAUUGGUACCAUAAUUCGAUUUAGUGGUUCAUUAUGUGGUCUAGUCUAUAUGUUUACACUUCCACCAUUAAUUUAUCUACUUAAUAAACGUACAUUAACUCGUUUACAAAAUGAAAAUCAUAUUAAAAUAUCUGAAAUUCAUUCAGAGAAAUUAUUAAAUGGUAAUUAUCAUUUGAAUAGUAUAAAUUCUAUAAAAAAUUUUAAAGAUGAUCAUUUACCAUUUCAUGAAUUACAAAUUGAUAAUCAUAGUGAUACAAUAUCAAUCAUUAAAAUUAAAUUAUUAUCAGAACAUGAUACAAUUAAAUAUUGGUUUAUUGUUUCUAUUCAUGUAUUCAUUAUGUUAUUAGGUUUAUUAAAUUUUAUUGGACAAUUUACUGUAUUUUUUAUUGGAUCUAAUAAGAAACAAAUUGUUUCAUCAACAAAUAGUUAA